UAUAAAUGGAAGAUUGUGCAAGAAGAAAGCAAUAAACUAAUUUUAAGCUCUUCCUAUGCUGGAUUGCGAAUCUGAGGCAGGAGGAGCUAAUGCUCGGUGAGUCUUGAUCUCUGUUUGACUGGAAGGAGCCAAAAGAAAGCCUUUUUCGGAGUUUUGGAGGAUUCCUUGAUAGCUUGGGUUGGGAAGACAAUCUCUUCAGUUAUUCUCAUACUUGACUACUUCUCUACUCUUUGAAUAUCAAUUCCUCUGGAGUCUUUCUUGCUAAUCUUCCUCUUUCAGCAUUAGGAAGGAGGCUGAGAAGGCUCCAAGCUAUUAAAAAGAACCAUUUCGAAAUCACUAAAUCCGCCACCUUCGGUACCAAAAUAUCCCAGUUGCUCUAAACAAAUAU